AAAAACAACAUGUAUACUCAGUUUCCGUAUUCUACCUCUCGCCUCCAAACGUCCCCUACCUCGUGCCUCCAAAACAUCCUCUUCGUAUCUUUUCUAUAAUUUACCGAUUCCGUGGCUUUCAGUUUUCACAAUUGAUUGGUAAGUUCUUUUCCCCAAAGAGUAUUGCUCUCCUCUUCGCCAGUUCCGUCGCGAACUAAUUUUCACCUGCCCAACUUUUGCCGGCGAUUCUUCCGUGGGGCUGCUGGUAUCCGAUUCUUGUUUACAAUCUGUUCCCAUUCUUCGUUUGCUAUCUUCGCUGCUAACAUUGUUGAAAUUGUUCGGUAUUGUCAUUUCCCGAGCUUGAGUAGCUUCUUGUAGGGAUUGACUCUCAACCGAAGGCCAUACAGGAACUGGUGUUUGUUGUAGUCUUAAGGGAAGGACUGGAACUACAAUAGAGUAAUGGCGUCUUCAGAUGAUGAGGCUGAGACCUUACCACAAGCUGUCUCAAAUUAUCACUUUGUGGAUCAGAAGGAAGAACCUAUUUCAUUCUCUAUUUUGCCGAUUAAAUGGGAUGAAGGGGAGAGAUUGGAGGGCAGUCAAAAACCUGUUUUCCUCCAUGGUACAAUUGAUCAUGGACUUCAAAAGGUUUAUAAACAGGUUACUGCAUGGAGAUUUAAUAUUUCUGGUUCAAAGCCAGAGAUAUCGGUGCUUUCCAAAGAGAAUAUGUGGAUUAAACUUCAGAAGCCUAGAAAGAGCUUUGAGGAUACCAUUAGAACCAUCUUGAUCACAGUACAAUGCCUUCAUGCUUUGAAGAGGAAUCCAGAUACAUCUAGCAAAUCUUUGUGGGAUCUAUUAGCUAAAACCUUUAGCUUGUAUGAAGUGAGGCCUUCCCAGAAUGAUUUGGUGGAUCACAUGUCUCUCAUUGGCGAAGCAGUUAAAAGGGAUGAUAUAUUGGCCAAGUCCCAGUUCUUACGUGCAUUCCUUGAAGAGAAGCCUGUUAAGAGAAUGUCAUGUCAUGAGGAUGCUCAACGUAAUGUGCAGCCAAGUUUUAUAGUUGAUGAUUCAGAUGAUGAAGACAUGGUUGAUGAUGCUGUUGAAGAGGAAAGUGAUGAUGAUGAUGUCUUUGAUUCUGUCUGUGCAUUUUGUGAUAAUGGUGGCAACAUUAUAUGCUGUGAUGGGAGGUGCAUGAGGUCUUUUCAUGCAACUGAAGAGGAUGGUGAUUGUUUCUCGCUUGGUCUCUCUAAAGAAGAAGUAGAUGCAAUUGAAACCUUUAUUUGCAAGAAUUGCGAGUAUAAGCAGCACCAGUGCUAUGCUUGCGGGAAUUUAGGUUCAUCUGAUCAGUCUUCUGGUGCUGAGGUCUUCCAAUGCGUAAAUGCAACUUGUGGUUAUUUUUAUCAUCCUAAAUGUAUUGCAAGAUUGCUUCAUCCGGAGAAUAAAGUUGCUGCUGGAGACCUUGAGAGGAAGAUUGCAUCUGGAGAAUCUUUCUCAUGCCCUGUGCAUAAGUGCUCUGUUUGUGCGCUCGGUGAAAAUAAGAAAAUAUGGGAACUACAGUUUGCCGUUUGUCGACGGUGUCCAAAAUCAUACCACAGGAAAUGCUUACCAAGGAGAAUCACUUUUGAAGGUUCUGAGGAUGGUGAAACCCCGACCAGGGCAUGGGAAAAGCUAUUACCUAAUCGCAUUUUGAUAUAUUGCUUGGACCAUGAGAUUGAUGAAGAAAUUGAAACUCCUGCUAGAGACCAUAUAAAAUUUCCUGGGCUUAAAGAGAGUAGGCUUCCCAUUCAGAAAAGGAAACUUCCUAUCAGUGAUACCAGACAAGGGAAGACGAUAGUCUUUCGUGGGAGCGGGAGUAGGGAGAAUGUUGUAUCAAAGAAGGGAACUAUGCCAGAUGACCUUCAGGGAAAAUCUGCUGCGAAAAUAUUCAAAUCAUUUGGGAGGUCCUCAUCUGAUGGGAAGCUUCUUGGUAAAAUGACUGAGAAAUCAUUGUUGGGUUCUGAGUCUAAAAAAGUGAAAUUGGGUAACAUUUCAAGAAACUCUUUGAAUCAAAAAGGAGAAUCUGUCCUCAUGGACAUUGAUAAGACUAUCAAAGUGAAAAAAUCCUCCUUAGUUGGCAAGUCUGCCAUACCAACCAAGAGAUUUGAUCAAAGUAAGAUUUACAAGGAGGAUAGAAGUGGGAUGCUCCUACUAGAUGCUGAUUCUGAGAGGAGGUUAAUGGACAUGAUGAAAAAUGUUGCAUCGUCAAUUACUUUGGAAGACGUAAUUAAGAAGCACAAAGUCCCAUCUACUCAUGCAUAUUCUUUAAAACAUGUAGUGGACAAGACAAUUAAGAUGGGGAAGUUGGAAGGCUCAGUUGUGGCUGUUAGAGCUGCUCUGCGAAAGCUUGAGGAGGAAGGAUGUUGCAUUGAGGAUGCAGAAGCUGUUUGUGAGCCUGAAGUCCUUAACCACAUAUUUAAGUGGAAGAACAAACUCAGAGUGUAUCUUGCACCAUUUCUUUAUGGCAUGCGCUACUCCUCCUUUGGUCGUCAUUUUACAAAAGUUGAGAAACUUGUGGAGAUUGUUGAUAGGCUUCAUUGGUACAUAGAGAAAGGCAAUACAAUAGUGGAUUUCUGCUGUGGUGCAAAUGACUUCAGUGUUUUAAUGAAGAAAAAACUUGAUGAGACGGGUAAACAAUGCUCGUUCAGAAACUUUGACUUUAUUCCACCUAAGAAUGACUUCAACUUUGAAAAAAGGGAUUGGAUGACUGUUCAACCGAAGGAAUUGCCUAAAGGAUCCCAAUUGAUCAUGGGGCUAAAUCCUCCAUUUGGAGUUAAGGCUGCUUUGGCAAACAAAUUCGUUGACAAAGCUCUGGAGUUCAAUCCAAAGCUUCUUAUUCUUAUUGUUCCUCCUGAAACAGAGAGAUUGGAUAAAAAAAAGACUCCUUACGACCUGGUUUGGGAGGAUACUGAGUUUUUGUCAGGAAAGUCAUUUUAUCUUCCUGGAUCUGUCGAUGCGAAAGACAAGCAGAUGGAUCAGUGGAAUGUCAGGCCACCAGUGCUCUAUUUAUGGAGCCGUCGUGACUGGACUGAUAAACACAUAGCCAUAGCCCAAGAGCAUGGGCAUCUCUGGCCAAGGAAACAAGCGAACUCAGAAAAAGAGAAGGCUUCUGAUACUUUAAGGGUGAGGCAGCUGGAGGAGUCUGAAAAGGGAAAGAGUUCUGAUUUGUUGAGGCACGGGCAACAGGAGGACUCAGGAAUGGGAAAAGGUUUCGAUAAGGGAAAGAGUUCUGAUUUGUCGAGGCACAUGCAACAAGAGGACUCAGGAAUGGUAAAAGAUUUUGAUAAGGGAAAGAGUUCUGAUUUGUCGACGCACAGGCAACAAGAGGACUCAGGAAUGGGAAAAGGUUCUGAUACAUCAAGGCCUAAGCCAUUGGAGUCAGAAAAAGGCCUAAGGUCUAAAACUUCUGCUAAUCAUAUUCAUCUUCAUGAAACAUUAUUGAUUAAAGAUUCUAUAAUACUAGCACCAGAUGAAGCAGAAGAUUCGAAGAGUGGAUCAGUUGUCUCUGAAGUUCCUAAAAGUGAAUCCACGAAAACAUCAAAGAGGGAUAGUGACAGAGAGAGUCAUGACAAUUGGGAUGUCCAUCCAAAUAUGUCUCCUGAGGCUCCAAGGAAGAAGAGGCAGCGUUUUGAAGAAAUACCUCGAAAAGGUGAUGGUGAGACAUCAGAAGAGAGUAGACGUGAUUGUAAAAGGCCUUUAAAUGAGAUUAAACAGAGACCUCGUGCUUCUCCAAAUGCGAGUGAUCAUACAUCCAAUAAGUCAGUUGAGAUGCCUUCACAUGCUGUUGUGGAUGGGAUUGGACAUCAACAGUUGGGGUCGACUAUGACUGAGCCAAACACCAACUUUAGAGCUCCUUACGAUGCUGCACAGACCAGCUUAACUGAUGACAUUGCUAGAAAGUACAACCUCAAUGCUGAGGAGUCUUACUCACGUGGGACCACUGGAUGGUUAAACAAUGCAAGUUCCAUAUAUGGUAUUGGUCCUAGACACGUUGACGAACGUAUCGCCAAUCAAAUGGGAGGACAUGUUGAUGGUCUUAAUUAUAAACCCUACUCUGCUGGGGUUGACACGUAUAUGAGGGACUCCGAAAUACGGUCACAUAUUCAUCUUUAUGGGCACCCAGAUACUGACAAUUUAAGAAGCAAUUAUCAAGCUGGACCUGAUCCUAGGUAUAACAGGGUUGCGGCAAUCCCAUCUAGUUAUGGGCGUCUGGGUACAUUUCCUGAACCAUCCCAUUGGAUGAACACUUCAGCAACACAACGAUAUGCACCUCGACUUGAUGAGUUGAACCACUUUAGAUUGGGAGGAAUGGGUGCUGUGCAUCAGAUGAACAGCAGCAGCACAUUCGACCCUAGAGCACACACAUCCUCUGGUUUCAGGGGUGCAUCACAGGGGUUCGCACCCGGUCCGCAAUACCCAUAUUCGAACCAAAAUUCAGCUGGUUGGCUUAAUGAGUAGUACAAUACUCUUAGCUUUUGCUUGGCCCAACUGGAAUUGUAAAGCAUUUUUUGGCUAACCAAACUACAUUACUGGUGGAUAAGCUGUAGAAUGAUUUUGUAUAUGUAAGUAGCAAAUUUAUCCUUGUAAGUAUGCUACUAUUUCAAGUAAAAGAUUGUUCAUCUCAAAA